CGGAGAUAACUACAUAUUUGAAUCAGCAAGUCAUUCUAGCCGAAAUUUGACCCCUCCAGGUGAUAUAGAGCUUAUACUCAAUGGCCAACAACUAAUCGAGAUGUUAAAAUCGCAUAUUUGGAAAAACGUUUGUCCUCUUGCCGAUCCUUUUUCUUUUUCUCGUGGAUAUCAACGUGCAGGUUUUUUCGCGCGUUUUAAAGUGACACGUUGCGUAAAUAGUAAAUUUCAGUUUUGACAUUUCUGCCACUUUGUCACACGUUGGGCGGUGGAAAAUUAAGUACUCGUGAAAAUAAAAUAAUACACAACUGACGUUUAACACCGUCAACUUACUGUGCGCUAAUUUGCAUACCGUAUUGUUGUGUUUCGCCCAAGUGUAGUCGUUACAAAUUUCUUUGAAACACUCAUUGUCAUGCGGGAAUCAUGAUAAACAGAAAACUCUUCAGGAUGUAAAAUUGGUAAAUGGUGUCAUUUUCUGGAGAUACAUAGUCAAAAUCGUUACUUGUGUGGUUUAUAACCUCAAAGUUAAUCUGAUUCGGAUCUGUUCAACGCUACGGACACAAGCUUAUGACAGAUCAUCAUGGAUGGUGAAGAGGAUUAUUCGCAGAUGAAAGGAAGUCGGUGUAAUUUCACAUCAUUCGGUAGAAGUGAUGCAGCAGUUGAUACCAGUGAAGAAAAGGACCAGAACCUUAGUCCGGGUAAUGAGAAACAUGGAGACCUUGGCGAUAUGACAUUUUGCAUGGCUAAUUAUAUAAAAGAAGCUAUGAAAAUGAUGUUUAUGAUGCGAAGUCAUCACAUGCUUACCGACGUUAUCUUAGAAGUUGGACAAGAACUGUUCCAUGCACACAAAGUCAUUUUGGCUGCGGCAAGUCCUUAUUUUAAGGCAAUGUUCACGGGAGGUCUUAAAGAAUGUGAAAUGACCAGAGUCAAAUUGCAAGGGGUUUGUCCAACAGCGAUGGCUCGGCUCAUGUAUUUCAUGUACACGGGACAAAUAAGAGUAACUGAAGUAACAGUCUGUUCGUUAUUACCUGCGGCGACAAUGUUUCAGGUUGGCAAUGUAAUAGAUGCAUGCUGCGUAUUUCUCGAGAGGCAAUUGGACCCAACAAAUGCUAUCGGAAUUGCAAAUUUUGCUGAACAGCAUGGUUGUCACGAUUUACAUCACAAAGCAAAUCAAUUUAUCGUGCAACACUUUAGCAGAAUUUGUCAAGAAGAAGAAUUCCUUCAACUUACGGCCAUACAAUUAAUUAAUUUAAUUAGAAAAGAUGAACUUAAUGUACAGGAAGAAAGAGAAGUUUAUAAUGCAGUGUUAAAAUGGGUGAAAUACAACGAGGAAUCUCGCGGUAUUAAAAUGGAACAUAUAUUGCACGCAGUUCGGUGUCAGUAUUUGACUCCGAGCUUUCUUAGGGAACAAAUGAAAAAUUGCGAUGUUUUAAAAAAAGUGCCAGCCUGCCGCGAGUAUCUAGCGCAAAUUUUUAAAGACCUAACAUUGCAUAAGAAACCAGUCGUCAAAGAGAGGACACCCAACACACCAAGAGUCAUUUACAUAGCAGGUGGAUUUCUUAGACAUUCGUUGGAUGUUCUUGAAGGGUAUAAUGCCGACGACAAAGUUUGGAGUCAACAUGCUAAGUUAACAGUGCCUCGUUCCGGACUUGGAGGAGCAUUUUUAAAAGGCAUGUUUUACGCCAUCGGUGGAAGGAAUAAUUCGCCAGGAAACAGAUACGACAGUGAUUGGGUGGACAGGUACAAUCCAGUUCUUGACCAGUGGAGACCCUGUAAUCCCAUGUCAGUGCCAAGGAACAGAGUGGGAGUUGCUGUAAUGGAUGGUGUAUUGUAUGCGGUAGGUGGCAGCGCAGGUGCAGAAUAUCACAACAGCGUUGAAUGUUAUGACCCGGAUCAGGAUACCUGGACAAAUGUUAAACCUAUGCACACAAAACGAUUAGGAGUCGGAGUUGCUGUAGUAAAUAGAUUGCUCUACGCAAUUGGUGGAUUUAAUGGAACGCAUAGAUUGAGUUCAGUAGAAUGUUAUCAUCCAGAAAAUGACGAAUGGACCAUGGUCUCUCCCAUGCGGUGUUGUCGGUCAGGAUCUGGUGUAGCAAGUCUUGGGCAGUACAUCUAUGUGGUAGGAGGCUAUGACGGAUCUCGUCAGUUGAGCACAGUAGAACGUUACGAUACGGAACAUGAUUCAUGGGAGUUUGUGAGCAAUGUUUCAGUUGCGCGCAGUGCUUUGAGCGUAACUGUUCUAGAUGGAAAACUUUAUGCAAUGGGAGGGUAUGACGGACAGACCUUUUUAAGUAUAGUAGAAAUAUACGAUCCAGCCAAGGAUCAAUGGGAACCAGGAGUGCCUAUGACUUCGGGUAGAUCAGGUCACGCGAGUGCGGUUUCUUAUCACCAAUGUCCGUUGCAUUGUGAUCACUUGGAACAUCACAUUGUUUCUAGUGAAAACCGAUCAGCGAAACGCACAUCUUGACACCCUAUGUCGAAUACUGUGACCUGAUGACGCGAUUUAACUUAUUUAUUUGUAAAUGACGUGUAGUAUAAUAAUAUAGUGUAACGAUAGUAUAAGGAGAUAAGACUAUAUUGAGAUUGAUCUUAAUCAAGCAGGUAGUGAAGCUAUGCAGAGGACAUUUUUGAAUUCUGAGUUGCCUAGAAAGUGCUUACAUAAAUUGAGAAAAGUGAACUGUGCACAAGUUCCUUCAAACAGACUACAAAACAAGUUUGAUUCGAUUUCAUAUCUUCACCUAGAUAUCUUUGGUAAGUGAAAAAUUAAAAUAGGCAAGUGGGACAAUCUUAGUGAUACAAACUAGAAGCAGAAAGCAAUUCCAAAGAUCACUCAAUCAGUAACAAAACGAUGUACCCAUAUGUACUAUAGGGCGAACGAUCUAUUUUCUAUAAUUCUCUUCAUUCUGUUUACGCAACUGAUUGUUGUACAUUAUUUUAGUAACUAUACAAACACCUAAUUAAUAGUAUAAUUUGUGAUUGGAAAAACCAUGAGAUAUUCGUUAAUUGGUAAUACUUUUUAAUAUCAGUACCUGUCACAAGGACUAAAAAGACAAGAAUAAAUUGGAAUGUUGAUGAUUUUUUCGCAAAUAUCAAAGGAGUUUACUCCACAUAGUAUAAUAUUGCAAGCUGAAGGCAGUCAUUUUGUAUUUCCAUUGUUUAUCAAAAUGCACGUUCAAGACCUAGAACUAACUUUUCAAAUUCCAGAUGAAACUAGUCCCAUUAAAUAUUGAAUAAUUUCUGUAAAAUUAAAAAAAAUUUAAAAAAACACAAAUCUGCGAUUAAAUAUGUUGCCACUGGAGUGUCAAAAUCAACCGACUACCUGUCCUAUGUGUCUAGGAAAAGGUAAUGAAAAAACUUAUGUCAACUUGAAAUAUCAGUAAAAGUUUAUUAACAGUCAAA